AUGGGUCUGUCUGCGAAUCCUCUGAGCCUGCGGGAACAGCUUGCGUUCUACGGUGCAUACCACACGAACAAUGUGAAUGUAUUCAUUCACAUCAUCUGUGUGCCUCUGAUCUACAUGUCGAUUCUGUCGCUGCUGCUCACUACCGGCUUCAGUCUCGACAAUGUCGCGCGCCAGCUGCCCCAGUUUGCGCAGACGCCACUCCAUGAGUUGAGCACCUUUCUCGCAAAGCAUGUGCCGAACAGCGUCUACCAACACCUCAACCUUGCCUCGUUUCUCAGCGUGGUUUACCUCGCCUACUACGCGGUGCUCGAUGUGGCGGCUGCGACGCUCCUCUCGCCUCUGUGGGCCGCCUACUACUUUGUGAGCUGGGCGCUGAUCGAAUACCACCCCAAGGGCCAGCAGAUUGCGCUCGGCGUCUUCCUCUUUGGCUGGAUCGCGCAGUUCUACGGCCACGGCGUGCACGAGGGGCGUGCGCCGGCGCUCCUGGACAACUUGCUCGGCGCGCUGGUUCUUGCGCCACUCUUUGUCUUCUUGGAGGUGCUCUUCUUCUUCGGCUACCGCCCUGAGCUGCAAAAGUGGCUCAAGAACGAGACGGGGCGCCUCAUCACUCAGUUCCGCACAGAGCAGGCUUCCAAGCAGCGCGCCGAGGCCGCCAAGUCCAAGUAG